AUGGCAAAGUCGCUGUACGAGUUGUGGGAAAAGAAGAAGGUGAUCAGGAGGCGGCUGAAAAACACCAAAAGCUUUGUUCGCUUUCCGAAGAAACAGGAUGAUGAUGAGAAAGAAGAUGGCGUGAAGGAGAACCCCACAUCGACUGCAGCAAUGGAGAUGAACCUACCAGCUUUGACGGCGAUGUUUUCCUUUUACAAGGUCAAAAGUGGCAAGCAGGUGACGCAGCUGUACGAAGAGUCCGGCUGUAUUCCCCACCUCGGUGCCAGGCAAUAUUACCUCGAUGCCUGGGACCUCCGCCGGCUGUACAGCUUCGCGUUGAGGCGUCAGAAAGACGCAGAGCAGCGCGAGCAAACACCCCGCGCGGCCGGAGUUCGACGGCUGUUUCAGCUGAUCAAGGAAUUGCGAAGCACGAACGGUGAUGACAACGAUGACGAAGGGGAAGAAGAAUCAGAUCUCGAGCAUGAGAAGGACGCAUGUGUUUCAGAGAAUGGGGAGCACAUGCAGGAAGAGUCGGAGGAGGAGGAGGAGAAGGAGCAGGAGUCUCCUGCGGUGGCUUCCGAAUCGGCCGCGCCUGCCAAGAAGGUUGAUAUUGGCGCUGGCGUGGGCUUGUCUGAUGAGGAGGGGGAGCCCGAGAAGGAUUCGCAGCUUCCACACCCGUUGCAGCGCUGCAGGUCCAAGACCUCUCUCGCAAGCUUGCCCAGCUCGGCAGUUCUUGGCGGUGCUUCCAAGGAGGCUUUGGAGACGCCUGCUUCCUACGCAGGCCCUGGGAUCCUGACGACGAACAAGGAGGACGAAUUGGCCGACUUGAUGAAUCAAAUCUCGCUCUAUGAGGAUGGGGAGCAGAAGGAUGCCGCAACGGCUCACCACGAUGCCAUGUUACUCCUGAUGGGAUCCCCAGAGCGACGGGCAAAGGAACCUACAGGCGAUGAACCGCCACCUACGUGCAAGAGGCAGCUCUUCGGAGAUGCGGAUCCUGCUUGGAAGCAUCCUCCAGAUCAGGCGGACACUUUGGUGAUGGGCCCCCCGACCGACGAGACUGACUCGCUGAUGGGCGAAGCCGACAAGCCGACCAGUGUUGUUGAUGUGUUCUCGAGUCCUGAGAAGAUGUGUAAGGAGGAGCCCGGGUCUCCCAAGGGGGAUGGUGACGCCCCGCUGGUUUCUGUGUCUGCCCAGAACGACCUACGCCGGUCCCUCCGCGCUUCCAUUCGUCGCACACGCCGCUCCAGAAGCACGCGCGAGCUCCUGCAGAAGGCCAACAAAAAGGGCAAAAACAAGGGCAAGUCCAGGAAGGCGUGUGAGAAGGAUGAGGGCACGGACAAGCCUACGUGCAGCAACUCCAAGACAGCCGGUUCCAAGAAGCGCAAGCACUUGCCGAAGGAGACGGAGGAGCCGAAGCCUUUGCCAAAGGCAAAGGCGAAGGCAAAGGCGACACCGAAGACAAAGGCUAGGGCGAAGGCGAAGAGCAAGGCAGCAAGUGUGGAGACGAAGCUGCAGCCUGAUCGCAAUCGCACUGGCUACAGUGAGUGUGGCAAGCUUGUGCUGGGAUGUUCCAGCUGCCGCUGGGGCGUGCUUGGCUGUGGCACCUGCCUUCGACCGUCCUUCAAGGGCAAGAGGUGGAACCGUGUCGCUUGCGAGGGGUCAGAUUGA